UUUUUUUUUUUCCUGAAAAUUUCUCCUAUUCUGCAGUAAAUCUUCCACUCUCCUAUAAAUUUUUUCUUCCUACUUCAUUUGAACUCCAUCCCACUCAUUCAACUACGCAUUUCUCUCUCUCAUUUCUCUCCCUUGGCUUUUCUUUUAGUUCUUAUAUUCAACACCAAAACCAGAAUUUCUCUUUUUCUUACACAUCCCCAGAAAAUGAAAUCUUUGCCAAAUGGCCAAGCAACUGUAGAAUAUGAAGAGGAUUCACUUGCUUCGGCUAAUAAAAAAGAAGAUGCAAGUAUUAAAAUACAUGCACCCAUCGUGUCAUCUUACAAUGAUCAUAUUCGUCCACUUCUUGAUGCAGUUGAUCAGCUUAGGAACCUCAAGAUCAUGAAAGAAGGUAUACAGCUCCCCACCAUCGUUGUUGUUGGGGAUCAAUCUUCCGGAAAAUCGAGUGUUCUUGAAUCGCUAGCCGGUAUCGACCUUCCCCGUGGCCAGGGCAUUUGCACCAGAGUUCCCCUUGUAAUGAGGCUGCAACACCACCCAUCUCCCACACCGGAGCUCUUCCUGGAGUUCAGUGGCAAAAUAGUAGCCACUGAUGAAGCUCACGUCGCAGAUGCUAUUAAUAUUGCCACUGAUGAGAUUGCAGGAGAUGGAAAGGGCAUAUCCAACACUCCAUUAACUCUGGUAGUGAAAAAGAAAGGUGUUCCUGAUCUUACUAUGGUUGAUCUCCCAGGAAUCACUAGAGUUCCUGUUCAUGGUCAGCCGGAGAAUAUCUACGAGCAGAUUGCAGGUAUUAUCAUGGAGUAUAUAAGGCCUGAAGAGAGUAUUAUUCUGAAUGUUUUGUCUGCAACUGUGGAUUUUCCUACUUGUGAAUCCAUUAGGAUGUCACAGCAAGUGGACAAGACUGGUGAGAGAACUCUUGCUGUGGUCACCAAGUCUGAUAAGGCACCUGAAGGGCUGCUUGAGAAAGUUACUGCAGAUGAUGUGAAUAUAGGCCUGGGUUAUGUCUGUGUGAGGAAUCGAAUUGGUGAUGAAUCUUACGAGGAGGCGCGAGAGGAAGAAGCUAAAUUGUUCAAAAAUCAUCAUCUUCUCUCCAGGAUUGAUAAAUCUAUGGUGGGUAUUCCAGUUCUGGCUCAAAAACUGACUCAAAUUCAAGCAACUAUCAUAGCCAGGUGCUUGCCAGAUAUAGUGAGAAAGAUUAAUGACAGGCUGAACGCAAGCAUUUCAGAGCUGAAUAGGAUGCCUAAGACCCUUUCUUCAACUGCUGAAGCCAUGACAGCUUUCAUGGGCAUUGUUGGAUCAGCGAAAGAGUCUCUCAGGAAAAUCCUUAUCAGAGGAGAGUUUGACGAGUACCUUGAUGAUUAUAAUAUGCAUUGUACUGCUAGAUUGGGUGAAAUGCUCAACCUUUACUCAGAUGAACUUCAUAAAUGCUCUGAAAGUGACCCUAGAAGGAACUUCCUGGUGGAGGAGAUACGUAUUCUGGAGGAAUCCAGAGGGAUUGAACUGCCAAAUUUCCUUCCUCGCGCUGCCUUCCUGAGCAUUCUGCAGAGAAAAGUUGAGGGGAUAGCAAGAAUGCCUAUCGAUUUCAUUGAAAAAGUAUGGGCUUACAUUGAAAGUGUGGUAGUGUCUGUUUUGAUGCAUCACGCCGAGAAUUACCACCAUCUUCAGUUAUCUGCCAGACGAGCAGGCCAUAAUCUUAUAUCAAAAAUGAAAGAGCAGUCUAUUAACUGGAUUUCAGAAAUCGUUCAAAUGGAGAAGAUGACAGAUUACACUUGCAGUCCUGAAUACAUGAGUGAAUGGAACAAGCUCAUGGGCCAACUGGAUACAUUUAGGAAUAGAAUCCUGUCACAAGGGCAUCCUAAGGCAGAGAUUGCAGGUAUUGGAGAGGUUGAAGUUGGGAAUAUCAGAGCAAGUCAGAAUGUUCUGCACCAAGCUUUUGACCUGAGGAUGAGAAUGACCGCUUACUGGAAGAUUGUAUUGAGGAGAUUGGUUGAUUAUAUGGCUCUGCAUUUGCAGUACAGUGUUCAAAAUCUUGUCAACAAAGAGAUGGAAAAAGAGAUCAUUAGCGAGUUGAUGAGUAGUCAUGAAGGUGCAGUAGAAAAAAUGCUGGAGGAAUCGCCGUCGGUUGCUGGUAAACGUGAGAAGCUGAACGUGAGCAUCAAGUUGCUUGGAGAGUCCAAGAAAAUCUUGGGAAAUAUCAUGGAUAAAAUUGCUACUUAUAAUGAUUAGAGUAGAGCCAGACUUCAUCCUUCUUUCGUGUGUCCUGGGUUUAAUACUUGAAAAUAGAAGCUGUUUUUUAGGGGAAGGAUUUAAGCUUUGAAUUUUAACCCCGAGGCUCCAUAUGAAAUCUUCCUGUGUUUGGGAAGUGCUGAUGGUUUGAUGCUUUUAGUUGAUUUGCUAUGUGAAAUAAUGAAAGAUGUUAGCCUUGUAUGCUUUCAAAUGUAAGGUUCUAUUCUUGAGAUGCAUGAUAUUCUGUUUUCA